AUGCCAGGCAUGACCGUGGAGCUCAAUACCAACACGGGCAGCUCCUCCGCCAACGCCUCGGACUCUGCACCAAGCGACAUUGCACCCCCCACCACGGCCCCGCCGGCUCCCGCCCCAAGCCCCCCGGUGCCUGAUGCUCCUACCGCGAAUGCUGUUCUGAACUCCCCGUCGGUGGACCGAACCCCCGGGCCUCCGCCUCUCCGCUCCCACCGCCAGCCCACCCCGGACCUGCUCCCCCCCAUCCUCCCGAUGAGCAGCCGCAGAGUCGUUACGCUGCUCUUUCCAGAGCGAGGAGCUGAUGUCGUCCGCGCCCCGCUGAUCUCCGCGAUCUUCACCAAGCUGACCCCAUCCCUCUUCAACUGCGGAUUCAUCUCGGAAGCUCGCGCCACCAACGGCGAGACCCUUCGCUUUGCCGGGCGUUCUUACGCGUCGAUCUGCUAUUUUUGGCCGACCCUGCAAUCCGCUAAUGUGUUCCAUGCCGUUUUCAGGCACCCCUUCGAAAAAUCCCCUGGACGUUCCAUCCGUGCCAAGCCAUACAUCGACCCCCACCCUGACUUCACUGAGGCCAAAGCGAGCGGCUCCCCCAUCCUCUCCCUACGCAGGGUUCCGGCACGCUUUGAAGAUACGGAUAUCUUCGCAUAUCUGGUGCCCCGCUGGCUGGCUGGCAUCAGCCUUUUCCACCACAUGCAGGACCCCUAUGACGGGGUCUUUCUCCCCAUCCUUACCGGCAUUCCCAUCCCGCAGCCGGACGACCCGGACUUCCUUUCUAUUCCCGCCCUGCUUCCUACUGGUGGCAAGUCUCCGGCCAUCCUCGUGAACGUCUCCACCCACGAGUGCUCCAAAUGUGCUAGCAACCACCGUGUGGAGGAUCACGCGGUUUUCCCCUGCCUGCGCAAGGGGCACCUCAACAACAAAGCGCAAAUCACCGUCGCUCAACUGCAAAAGUCGUACGGUGGAUCCCUUGGAGCCCGAGCCGCCCCCACCUCCGUCCGUGCUGACCCCGGCAUUCUCCUCAUCGGCACGGAUAUGAGCGUCGAGCCCUGGACCUGCGUGCUGUGUGACCUCGUUUGCGGCCCGACGCUGGACAGUGCGCUAGAGCAAUGGCCUCCGCAUAGCACCGCUCAUGUGCUCGGCAACGCGCACAAACCCGCAGCCAAGGAGACGUACGACACUUGGAGUGCCGCUGCCUUCCUGAAGGACGAGAAAAUUGCUGCCUUCCUCAAGCAGAUGAAGCUCAUGUCGCAUGUCAAAGUGUCCCAUGCUUGCUGCAUGUGUGCUGCCCCGUUGUGA